UUUGACUUCUGACCGAUCACCACCACAAAGAAGCUUCUCCAAGCUAACGCCGGUCCAACGCGGCAGAGGCCAGCGCCGCAGCUGCCGCCCUCGGUCCUCCCUCCAAAUCCCACCCUCCAGCCGAGUCGAGGCGAGCAAACUCUCCGUCCAGCGAUCUCCCACGCGGCGGUCCCGAUGGCGUCGGCGCCCGCCUCCGGCUCGUACCGGUGCGCGGCGUGCGGCGCGGACCUGAACCUGUCGGCGGCGCACCUGUACCCGGCGGGCGUCUUCUUCGAGGCCGGGAACAAGGGCACGCUGUCCUUCUCGUGGGUGGACGAGUCGCGCCUCCGGUUCGCGCCCGAGGACCGGAUCCGCCCCUUCUUCGAGACCCGCAACUACUGGGGCAUCCAGCGGAAGCGCACCCGCAUCAGCUGCGACGCCUGCGGCCGUCUCCUCGGCCACGUCUACGACGACGGCCCGCCGCUCAUGCAGGGCCCCGGGCAGUUCGGGAUGGGGCCAAGCCAGGUGAUCCCGCGCCGGCCGAGGUACCGCUUCAAGAUCAAGGCCGUCGCCGCGCCCAGUCCGCCGCCUGCCGCCGCGUAUGGAAAGUGAAACCUGCCGUGAUGCGCCCCUGAUUUUGGGUUGGUCUGGUCGCGUAUCGUGUUGCGCUGUGAUUUCUGUAAAUUAGUCUUGUGUGUAUGUAAAUGGUGUCGUGCAGUUUUUUCACCUUGUUCAUUGGUUGGUUGCAAUAAAAUUUGACAUUUGGAGAAA